UCACAGCAUCACUGAAUGAGCAAUAACUUAGUAACGGAGAGAGCUGCUCAGUACAGCGUGUGUAUGUUUGUGUUCAUUACCGGUAACUGAAACACUGUCCUGUACACUUUCCUGCGGAUUAAAUGAGAAGUUUGUUAUUGUAGUUCUCGGUGCUGUGCGGUGAUGCGGUGGGAGAAAACAGAACGGAGUUUCCCGAAAGUAACGGCGCGCUACAGUGUAAACGGAUAAGGAGGUACAGCAUGCGGUGGAAUGGACGAGGAUGAGCAGAACCGUUACGUGACACAGCUGAAAGAGGAGUUUGACAGUUGUGACACUACAGGCACGGGUUACCUGGAUAAAGAAGAGCUUACUGCGCUGUGCCACAAGCUGAGUUUGGAUGCCCAUCUGCCUCUACUGCUGGACAUACUGCUCGGGCCACAGCAUUAUGCAAGGGUCAAUUUCGAGGAAUUUAAAGAGGGAUUUGUAGCUGUGCUCUCCAGAACAUUAGACUUUUCUACAUCUGAAGAGGAAAGCAGCUACCUUGAGCCAGUCCCAGAGGAGGUGAGCCCAAAGUUUGUGAAGGGGACCAAACGAUAUGGACGCAGGUCACGACCUGAUAAAUCCACUUCGGUGGUGACCGACGAUACAGAGAAAGAUGAGACCCCCUCUACUGGUGUGAGGAGGGCCAAACUUAGACGCUCCACCUCACUAGAGAGUGUAGAGAGUUUGAAGUCUGAUGAAGAAACAGGGAGUAACAAGGAAACACGCAGGGAACAACAAAGUGCCGUUCAAAAUUCCCUUCAUUUUGAGGCACAAGGCCAGUUAAAGCGUUGGAAGCCAGACAGCUCAGGAAAUCGGAAGCACUCCAGUAGUCCAUGCCAGGAUAUAACAGAUGGGCAGGUGAGAGCGGUUUGGAAGGAGCUCGGAGUUGGAACUGGAGGCUCGCUGAACAAGCAAGAGUUGUCACUAGUAUGUAACCACAUCGGCCUCAAGGAUCUACAAUUUGAGGAGCUAGACAGUCUCUUUAGAAAACUGGAUAAAGACCAGGAUGGGAAAGUGAGCCUUACCGAAUUCCAGAGCGGUUUGUUUAUACAUGGAGAUUUGCCUGAACCCAAAGCUGCAUCCACCCCUGCCCGUCUCAUUGCCCGCUGCUCUUUCUCACAGGAUCUUGAGGAGCGAAUUCUGCGCUCCACCUCACCCUCGUUGCUUUCCGCCACAGUGGGACAGCGACUUCUCUCUAGGUUGGAUGAUGGCUCGGGCUGCACUAGUCCUGAGAGUCUCAUUACCUUUUGGACUGAGGAAGGAAUUUGUAACAGCAGAGAUAUCCUUCAGACUUUGGAUUUCUCUUUGGAAGAUCGAUUGAGCCUGACUGAUCUCACACUUGCCCUUGACAAUGAGCUGCUGGUCAGUGGCAAUGGCAUCCACCAGGCUGCACUCAUCUCUUACAAGGAUGAAAUCCACUUCCUUCAAGCACUGGCAAAUCAGGCCUGUCAAGAGAGGGAGAAAGCCAAAGCCCAUUUGGAACUGGCAGAACGUCGUAAUCUCCAGCUGGUCAGAGAGAUCGAUGAUCGCCAUGCCACCAUGGAGUCACUUAAUGAAUCCAAGAUCAAGGAUUUGGAGCAGGAGUUCCGGGAAAAACUAAGUACCUUGAGAAAUGAGACGGAGCAAGAGAAUGAGAUGCUACUUCAGCAGGUGGAGAAGGAGCGAGACAAGCUGAGGGAAGAGGUGGAACUCUUCAAGGGCCUAGAAGCCAAUUUGCAGGAAGAAGCCACUACUGCCAUUAAGGAGAGCAGUCGUCUAGUGGAGGAGAACUGUGCCCUGAAAGGGAAGCUGACCGAAGCUGAAAGCACCAUCUCUAAACUAAAGAAGGAUCUAGAUCAUGUUCUACAUGACAAGUAUGGUGGUUUAGAUCCCAACCAUGCAGGACUGAUAAGUCGAGAAGAGCAUCUCUCAGGGAUCAUAAAGGAGUAUGAACUGCAGUGCAGGGAGCUGCAGGACAGGAAUGACGAGUUGAGCUCUGAGCUGGAAGUACUGAAAAAUCAAGGUUCAGGAAGGAAAACCAGACAAUCAAGAGACAGACUUUCCACUCAAACCUUGUCUAGCCGCAGAGCACUAACCACUGAGUCUGAUUCUGAUGACCCUGAAAUAAAAAGAUGCUCUUCUCCCAAAACCAAGAAAUGCAUGAACAAGAAUGCAUUAGGUUCAUUAGAAAGUCUAGCCCCUGUUGUGAGCAUUGAGACAGAGCUGGCAAUGGAGCAACUCAAGGAAAGAUAUGAACAAGAGAUUCAAGAUCUGAGGAUACAGUUGGAGACCAAGGUAAACUUCUAUGAACGCACCAUAGAGCUAAUGAAGCAGAACAUGGAGAUUGAGCGUAAGGAGAUUGCCCAGAGCUUCAAAAUGGAAAUUAGUGAACUCGAGGAGCAGAAAGCUCUUGCAGCGCAACAGCUUGAGCAGCUACGCCAUAGUACACAGAGGUUGGAAGGGGAACUAAAGAUUAAGAAUGAGGUCAUGGCUUGGGGACCUGAACAGGAGCGACGGGUUCAGCGCGAGCAAGCAGAACUGGAGCAGAACUAUGCCCGUGAGAUUAGUAAUAUUGUGCAUCGCCUCAGUGCCGAGAAGGACCAGCUGGAGGCAGAGCUGAAGCUGAAAAUGGACCAGGAAGUACUGCUUGUUAGGGAGGAGCUGGAGAAACAAAUAUCACAAAGCAAGGCUCAGUUCAGCGAGACCCUGCAAAGUUUGCUGCAUCAGCUGCAUGGUGAGCAAGUUCAGCUGCAGGAACAGACCGAGCAACACUGCAGGGAAAUGGGUGCAUGGGAGGCUAGAGUGAAGGAGCUUGAGCAGAAAGUGCGCAUAGAGCGCCUUCACGGUGCAGCUCGCUUAGGGGAGGAGCAGGCUCAGAUCUGCAGCAGUGCAGCUCAGGAAAGGAAGAAACUGGAGGAAAAGCACCAGGAAGAGGCUCGGCAGCUAAGAGAGUGUAUUUACAAGAUGCAAGAUCAGGCUGAGCUACAAUGUAAAGCACAGGAGGAAUCCCUCGUGCUGCAGAGGCAGUUGGAGGAGAAGCUGGAGGAGAUGUGUGUUCAAGUAGAGGACAACACAAUGUCAAUGCAGGCCCAAGAUGCCCUUAUUCAGAGUCUGACCUCAGAACUUAAUGCCAAAGAGAGGGAGAUGGACAUUAAAACGGAGAGAGAGCAAAAGCUUCUCGGCAAAGUUUCUCAGCUAGAGCGCAAACUUAAUUUUGAACUUGAAAGAAAGCUUUCUCAACAAAAAGUGGAGAAAACCAAAGAGGAUGUACUUCUUGGCAAGGUGUCUCAGCUUGAACAGAGAAUUGUGGAGGACCAAAAGAGAGAAGAAGAGCUUCUUGAUAAGCUUCAUCAGUUUAAAGAGGAAUGGGACUGCAUGAAAAUAGAAUUGGAGAUGGUACAAAAGGAAAAGCAAAGAAUGCAAGGGAAUUGCAAUCAUCUGUCCAUGGCACUUGCCCAGCAACAAACACACUUUGAGGAGGAAGAGAUGCAACUUGUUGAACUUCAAACCAACUUGGAAAAGACCCAUGAGGCAUUAAAAAGCAGAGAUGAAGACUUGACCAGACAGGCUUCUGAAUUAAAAUUGGUGGAGAUGGACAGAGAGAGACUUACGGAGGAACUGAGCAGUCAAGGCAAUGUCGUGAAGGACCUUCAGGCAAAGUUUCAGAAUCUCUCUGAGGACUGGGAUCAGUUGAAUGAUGUAGUACAAAACUUACAGGAUUCUUUAAGCCUGGAGAAAGCCACGGCUACUCGACUCCAAACCCUACUAAACUUGGAACAAGAAGAGAAGAGUCACCUUCUGCAAGAGAACUCCAGUUACAGAAAUCUGUCAGACCAACUCUCAUCACAGAUUGUUGAAAUGGAAACUGAAUCAACCAAGAUUACAGAAGAGCUUGUGAAUAUUAAGGUAGAAUUACAGCUCAGGGACAAACAAUUAUUAGAACUCAGGAAUCAGUUGGAUGCCAAAUCCAACGAGAUAGGCUUGCUCUGGAAUGAGGUACACCAAAAGACUGAAAUGUUUCAAAAUGUCAACCACCUCUCAGAUGAAGUACAACUUUUGACCCAGCAUUUAGAGGACAAGGAAAAGGACAUGUGUUCCAUGAGAGAAGAGGCAGAAAACACCAUUAAUCAGCUUCAGCAGUCUCUGAUGAACUCCCAGGCAGAUGUUCAGCAAGUGAAGGAAGCAUUUGAGAAGGAGAAGAGCCAGAUGAAGGGGCAGUUACUAGAGAUGGAGAGACUGGUCAUUGCUCUGGAAACAGUGAUGGACCCAUCAAGUCCACACAGAGCCAAGCUUGAUGAGGUUCAUUCUGAGAACAGUGCACUGAAAGACAGGUUGGCUGUUCUACACCAAGAUGUAAUGAGGUUGGAGGAGGAGGUCAACAAAAAGAGGAAGAAACUUGAGAAGAUGGAUAAAGAGUAUAUAAAAAUUCAGGAAGAAGGGGAGAGGUUGCAUAAAGAGAACUCCAAGGUUCGUGAAGAGGUGUUGGAAUUAAGUGUACGAAACUUGCACCUCAGCAAUGAGAACGCAGAGUUAAAUUCUCGCCUCCAGUCUGACCAAGGCACAGUGCAGAUGUUGACCGAAAAGCUUACCCAGGUAUCUCAAGAACAAGCAGAGACAUCAAUUUUCAUCAAACAGCUCCAAGAGACAAACAGACAUCUAGAGAAAGAGAAGGUACAGCUACAAGCAAGCAAGCAGGAUGAAAAGAAUCUGUUAGAGUGUGAGCUAAACGAGGCUAAAGACAAGCUUCAACACUUAACAGAGGUUGAGUCUGUCCUGACAAGCCUAACCCUGAAAAACCAAUCACUUCUCCAGGUCAACGACAGCUUGUUGAAAGAAGCAAAAGAAAGAAACAUAAAGCUUGAAAAACUUCAGGAGUGUAUUAAUACUCUUGAAGGCCAGUCAGCACAGCUUCAAACUCGGAUUCAUUCAAUGUGCAAAGAAAAGGAGGCGCACAUACAGGACAUGUCCACACAAUGCAUGCUUUUGAAGGAAUCUCAAAACAAGGUUCUGAAGAUUGAAACAAGGAUGCACGAAUUUGUUAAGGAGAAAGAACAAAUGCAAUUUGUUUGUAGGAUGCAGGAAGAGACCGCAGCCAGCGCUCUACAGGAAAAUCUAAGGAAUGUACAAACACAGUACCAAGAGCUUCUGGACAAGUUAAAAGAUUCAGAGUCUAAGUUACACGCUCAGGAUUUAGAGCUACAGAGGAUAAAGCAUGAAUACAUCACUCUACGAAACAAACAGGCUGAGCUAGAGACCACCAAGCAGGAGGCAGAAGAGCAGGCUUUGAGGGCAAACACUACUCUAUCACUGAGCCAGGCACAGCAUGUUCGUGAGGUACAGCAGUUACAGGAACAGAUUGGCCUCAAUACCCGGGAACAGAUUUCUGACCUGCACACUCAGCUGGCUGAGCAGGAGAGUAAAACACAGCAGCUGGAAGUGCAGCUCCACUCUCAGGCCCAGCAGGCCAGGACCCAACUGAACCUUCAACAGGAGCAGUAUGAGAAAUUGAUUGAAAGCAUGCAGGAGAGGAUGGAUGAUGUAGAAUCCAAGCUAAAAGCAGUGCGUCUGAUGCUACAGGAGAAGGUUAACCAGCUGAAGGAGCAGCUGUCAAGGAACAUAAAAACGGAUCUUCUGCUAAAAGAUCUUUACAUAGAGAACACUGAGCUCAUGAAGGCUCUGCAGAUAACGGAGCAGAGGCAGAAAAGUGCAGAGAAGUCGUCAUUCCUUUUGGAGGAGAAGGUGACCGCUCUCAACAAACUCCUGCGCAAAAUUGCUCCUGCCUCACUUUCUGUUUAGAAUGUGAGAGCAACAAAUGUCCUUUAAGAAUAAUGAAAUGUGAAAUACAAUUUUUUUUUUUUCUUCUACAGUUUAAAUGCAUUAUCUGUAAAUGAGGGGAAUGUGUUUACUCUUAAGAUUAUGAAAAUGCCAGUAUGACACUUGCUAAUUCCACCUCCAUUCUUAAAACUAAACCCGCCAGUAUAAUAUUGACAGGGUGUUUUGCUAUUGUGUUACAAUGGUGUUUGUAUGUAAUGUGACAAUUUUGUGACAAAUUUUAACAUGUCUCUUCCGAGACAAUUGUGUCCAAGUAAAAGAUUAAGGGGAAGUUUGAACUAGAACAGGCCAUAUAUAAUGUCAUCUUGCAAAUAGUAAAUUCCUUUUAGUUCAUUUAUGGACUGUAUAUGAAAUAUAUUAUAAAUAUAGAAAACGUUUGAAAGCUGUUCGACUUCCAAAGUAUUGACUCGAGAGCACAGUAUUGUUCACAUGUACAACUUUGAUACGCAUUUUGUCCUUAAACGUGCACAAUCAUAAUGAACUACUGUACAAUCCACUGUGAUGCCCAUAAAUUGUCUUGCAAAA